AUGGCCACCUCCACCAUGUCUGUCUGCUCUGAGCCCUGCACUGAGUCCUCCUGGCAGAUAGAGGAUUGCCCAGAGAGCUGCUGUGAGCCUACCUGCUGUGCCCCCAGCUGCUGCCAGUCCAGCUGCUGUGUGCCCAGCUGCUGUGUGCCCAGCUGCUGUGCCCCAGCCUCCUGCCUGACCCUCAUCUGCACCCCAGUGAGCUGUGUGUCCAGCCCCUGCUGCCAAUCUGCCUGCUGCACACCCUCAUGCUGCCAACAGUCUAGCUGCCAGCCAGCUUGCUGCACCUGCUCCCCCUGCCAACAGUCCUGCUGUGUGCCUGUCUGCUGCAAGCCUGUCUGCUGCACACCCAUCUGUUCUGGAUCCUCCUCAUGCUGCCAGCAGUCUAGCUGCCAGCCCUCAUGCUGUCAAUCUCCCUGCUGUGUGCCUGUCUGCUGCAAGCCUGUCUGCUGCACACCCAUCUGCUCUGGAUCCUCCUCAUGCUGCCAGCACUGCUGCACACCCUCAUGCUGCCAACAGUCUAGCUGCCAGCCAGCUUGUUGCACCUGCUCCCCCUGUCAGCCAUCCUGCUGUGUGCCUGUCUGCUGCAAGCCUGUCUGCUGCACACCCAUCUGUUCUGGAUCCUCAUGCUGCCAGCAGUCUAGCUGCCAGCCCUCAUGCUGUCAGUCUUCCUGCUGUGUGCCUGUCUGCUGCAAGCCUGUCUGCUGCAAGCCCUGCUCCAGCGUGUCCCUGCUCUGCCGCCCUGUGUGCAGACCUGCCUGCUGUGUGCCCACCUCCUCCUGCUGUGCCUCCUCCUGCCAGCCCAGCUGCUGCAAGCCCUGCUCCAGUGUGUCCCUGCUCUGCCGCCCUGCCUGCUCCCGCCAGGCCUGCUGUGGCCUCUCCUUGGGCCAGAAGUCCAGCUGCUGA